AUGUGGGCUGAUAAGGACCGUCUUGGUCAGGCUGGCUGGUCAGAUGCCCGUUCAGUUUUGAGAAGUCUUGUUCGGGAUGAACUUGUAAGCCUGGCUGCUGGCUGCAAACCGUUUUCCUUAUGCUUCCCGAGCACCAGACUUAACUAUAUCAAGGCUGUUAAAGAGGCUUGUGUCUGCUGUGACAUCAGUUAUGAGCUUGAUCACAUAUUGUCCCCACCACCUAUGCCUUUUCGAAAAUCCAGCAAUCCAGAGGUCUUAUCUGGCCCCGGAAAGUCUUUCAAAUAUAAGAGGCAGCUGAGUGAAGAUGGGAGACAGCUCAGAAGAGGAAGCCUUGGAGGAGCUCUGACUGGCAAGUAUUUGCUUCCCAAUGCAAAUGGACAUCAGCUAUGGCAACCUGCAGAAACCACCAAUCUUGUUCGCAUGCGCUGCCAAGCACUUGGGCAGUCAGCACCUUCACUUACUGUUAGUUCGGAUUAUACUGAUAUGUACAUGGCUGGUUUAUCCACAAAGCUACCUGAAAUAAUGUUUCAAGAACAACAAAUCAGCACUUACGGGUAUAAUUAUGAUUCGUACUUGAUGCUGCUGCUUAUUAUCUCUGGCUCUUUGGAAUGGAUGUGA